UAUACCUUUUCUUAUUGAUUUUGCAGAAGAAAGACUUCUAAUUGAAGUAUUAAAUUAUGAUGCUGCAAUGUUAGCAAGUCAAGUAGCGGCUCAGCAAAAUGAAGAAGUUAUCUGCCCAGUGUGUCAGGUACAAGGUUUACAAGAGGUGGCAAAGAGACAGGGUGCAGGGAUGGGAGCAUCUGGUGCUGAAGCUGCUGCAAAUGUGCUUGCCUGUGGUUGUGGAUUAGCUCUGCAAGGAGCCAAUCUCACACUUAAUACUGUGAAAUCCAGUUUAGAGAACACAAUAUCUCAUCAUGGCCAGAGCUGUGCAGGGCAGAUGUCCUUCACCCCAACCACAGACACUCAAGGUGCCAAUGUAUUAAUCACAUGCAGUAUCUGUGAUUGGAUGUCCUUCCUAGUGUAAUUCCAGACCUCGUCUUGCACAUAUUUUGAAUUAAACUCAUUGUAUACAACUCUUCAAUCAAGGUUAUGUUGUGAAAUGUGAGAGGUUCCAUUUCUUCCAUGUGGUAUGUGUGAGACUUUCAAUAACUCUGUAACUUUUCUUAAUAGAGUCAAAUGUAAAUGUCUUGUUUGGCACAUAUUUUUCUUAAGAUUUUUAGUGAUCACUGGUGUGUGUGGAUUAGGACCAUUUACAUGAUAUUAUUUCAUGAUUUACAUAAACCUUAGACUUUUUGAUAUAUAAUUUAAGUAUUGCAUAUUCAUCAUCAUCUGAGUAAUAUAUAUGCUGAGGCCUUAUAAAAUAACUGUGAUGGUUUGCAUCACAUGAUUCUGUUGCACCUUUAAAAGUAUCAUCAGGAGAUGCAUUUUUUUCCUCUUUUCAAGUAUUUCCAUAUAAUGUGAGUCAAAUUGCUGUGUAGUGUCUUUAGUGAUAUUGUAUACAUUUCAUCUAUUUGAAGAGUAUAGCAGAUAUUAAAGGUGCAAAGGAAUAUAUGAGAGGCCUGCCACUAAAAGGUUAAUAAGUGUGGGUAAAGAGAAAAACAGUAGACAUUAACAAUUGAAUAAAAGACAUUUUGAAUAAUGUUGUCUUAGCCUGAAAUCCCUACAUUAAUUCUUUAAUGAUUAUGAUUACAGCAUGUUUUAAAGUAUUUCAGGCAUAUUUUUAAAAUACGUUUUAUGUGAAGAACAUACCAAAGGAAUAAUUUUAAUAUGUAAUCAAAUAUAGUUUUUAAAGGUUACCUUACAUUAUUUAUAUAUUUUUUGUUAUUGUUUAUAUAAUUUGUUUUAGUUAUGUGAAUAAAUGAUGCCAAUCAGUGUUCCCUGUAUAAAAGUAACUAAAGGCUUUCAUGUAGGAUAAGGUUGGAAAAUAAUUCAUUGGAAUGGAAUUUGUGUUAAUUGGUUGGGGAUUGUGAUGAGUGUUCUUUGGAUGUUUAAGAACAUCUUGUAUAAUGGCGCAAGCUACAAAGGCCAUUAGGUGUGAAGUAUGAAUUUGUGCUUUUCCUAAUCAUAAUUUUGAUAGGCGUAAUAUGGUGUUGUGUGUAAAAAGGGCUUACAUUUUAAGAUUGAUUGCAAUAAUUUUGCAUAUUAUUAUUAUUAAAGAAAUGCAUCAUGAAAGUUUGCUCUUGAACCUUUUCGAAGAACCAUAGAUAAAUAACCAUGCUAUGGAUUCAAAAUUAUGAGGUAAUGAAAGACUUGUUUUGUUGAAUGGUCUGCCAAGUCUUGGGCUUUGGGUGAAGUGGGAUUCUUCACUGGAUUAAUCAACAGCUUCUUGGGAUAUUGAUGGAUAUAUAGUGCCAUAUGCUAUUUUGGUAAUGCUAAGACAUUAAAGUUGUAUUUUUUUGUGAUUUUGCUUGUAUUCUGUGAUAUUGAGGGAGUACUGUAUUUAAAAUUUAUAAGGCUUUUGACACAAGUGAUGUAGGUAGAAUUAUGACUUAUUAUAUGUGAUCCAGUACUUUCAGUAGAAAAAUUGCAGGUAGUAUCUUUUUUGAGAAUUGAUGUAAUCUUAAUCUAAGAUUUCUUCCAGAUAUCUUUAUACUUUGUAGCAUCAAAGAAAAUGCCAUUGAUAACUGACAUUCACCAAAUAGAAAUUAGCUUGAUGUAAUUUCUGAGAUGAUGUUUCCGAAGGCAUAUUGUAAUGUGUGAAAUUCUUUUUUUUUUUUAAUGAAAAACAGGUUCUCUAAACUUCUUUUGAUACAGAGGAAAACUGUUCAUUCAAAAUCAAAUAUCACAAACUAAUGUUUAAAUGGAAAUAAGCAUAGCAAACCAAACCAAAAUGGAGAAAAGACAUUGCGUGGGGUUCUGUGCUGUUGUUUGUUGACAGCAAGUCCCCUUUUAAACAUUUGAAUGCCUGUAUCAUAAAGAAUGUAUGGUAUGAGCAUAUACAAAAGUAAUGUAAAAUAUUAUUUGUAUGGAGCAUUUUAAGGGUAAAGUUAUUGAGCAUGGUUUUUCUAUUUUGCAGACAUCUUAAUAUUCAUGUGAUUAGGAUUACACUAAACCAUUUUAAAAGGUUGUAUAGCAAAUAGUAUUUUUUUUCUGGUGAAUAAUCCAUGCUAAACAAAUAGUCUACUCUUUUUGUAUGCUGCAUAAAAGUACUUUGAAUUUUAAGAUAAUCCAUCUGCUCUUAUACUGUUAUUAAUGUACUUGUAUGCCCCUUGCUUGAUAUAAAACUUGUUGAAUGUGCACAAAAUUUCCUUCCAGAGAAAUGUUUUUUGAUUUCAGGGAGCAUAUGGUGUUAGAGGGAAAAAAUCAUUAUAUAUUUUUUUGGCCUUUUUGUCCUGUUUUAUUUUUAUGUAAGGAAGCAAAGUAUUUAUAACAUGUAUUGCUAAUGAAAUUGUUAUGAAGUUUUAGUAAUGUAAAUAAACAGUUAUUCCUU